CGUUAAAAGAGAGAGGCUCCUAAGGCCAAGUUUAAAAGGCACAGGUUGCAGAAGAGACUUUCAAGCACGCUAGAAUGCUUAUUGAUGUGGCAGUCUGUCCUCUUAAAAAUGGUAUAUAGAAGAUAAGUGAGGCCCUGCAACAAAUUGUUGCAGUGUGGACUACUGCACUCGUGUCACUAUUUUCCUUCCUCUACUGGUCACUCAGUCAAGUCAGUACUCUGUGCUCAUUGAGCAUGCUUAGUUCUCAGUCCUGGUUGUUCUUUUUAGCCAUAUACUCAUAGAGUUGAAAAGGACCUUGGAGGUCAUCUAUUUCAGUGCAGGAUCUGCAAUGAAGGAUACGCUACACUCUCUUGGACAGAUAUCCACCAAGCUACUGCCUGCAUACUUCCAGUGAAAGAGAGCCCAGUGCUUCCUGAGGCCGUCUAUUCCACUGUCAAGCAGCUUUUGCAGGAAGAUGUUUCUCCAAAUAUUUAGCUGAAAUCUGCUUUGCUGCAACUUCCACCCAUUGAUUGUAGCCUUGUCUUUUUGAGCUAUUGACAAGAAGUCUGGUCCAUCUUGUUCAUGAUAGCUCUCCUGAUAUCUGAAGACUGCUAUACUGUCUCUCCUCAAUUUCUCUUUGCUAGGUUAAAUAUACCCAGCUCUGUCAGCUGUUGAUCAUAUGAUUUGGCUUCCAUUUGGGAUUUUUUUCUCUUUGUUGGGGUAGGCACAUUUGUGCCCCAUCCCAGCAAUAUUAAAAAAUCUUUCAUUUUGUGAUAUAUGUCUGUGGACAGCUCUCAUUUCUGUCCCUGCAGACAUUUUAAAAUAGUUUCUCUGUGUAAACCAGGAAAUUACCUAUCCAGAUGAUGAGAUAGUUCUAUAGGUCUUUUUUUUGCUCUCCUUUUCCAGCCACAUCCCUCCCUCUCUCACCUGGUUUGUUGUGUGUCUAUUUGUCUCUACCCUGUCCGCAUCAACAGUCUCUGCUACUGAGAUCUUAUGUGGAUGUCCUUAUAUGUCAAAAACUGUAAAUAUGACAGAUCUGUGAAGCAAAAUAUACUGAAGUGUCUAGAAGCCUUCGCUGUUUCUCUCGGGUAACAUGAAUUGGUUUCAGAUGAAUGAAGAUUUAACCUUCAGAAAAUUAAUAACUGGUUCAGAAUGUCCAGAAAGACUCAAAUAUGAUUUUAACAGAAACGGUGAGCUUAGGCAUAUAGAUACCAAUGAACCUUUUGUUUUUAAUUAUCAAAAUUCAUACGAUGGUAAUCACAAACGUUAUCAACUUCUUGGACACUUAAUUACUCAGUAUGUUUAUGAGCUCCUGGAAAAUGCCUGCAAACUGCAAAAGAUUUACAUCCCAACAGAUGCUCCAGACAAUGAACUUCGUAGUUUCUUUUUCAUGAGUGAGAAUGCGUUAACUAAUUGCUCAACUCUAGUUGUCCUUCUUCAAGACAAGGGGACUUUUCGUGCAGGUCAGUGGGGACAGAAGACCAUAAUUCAUGAAGGCCUCCAACAUGGAUCUCAGAUACCAUUCAUUAUUAUGGCUCGGAAAUGCUCUUGGGGAGUAAUUGUUUUAAAUCCCAAUGAUAAUUUCAUUGAUCUGAAGAUAGAACAAGAACACUUAAGCCUCUCUGAGAAAGAAGACUCCACUUGUCCUCUACAAUUACCCUGGAUAGUUCCAAAGAGAGAUAGCAGUAGUCCUGAAGAACAUACAACUUAUGUUUGGGACCAUUUCAUUUCAAAGACAACAGCUGGAAAUAUAGCUUUCAUUGCCCAUGGCUAUGGAGGACUGGUUUUCAUCAACCUGCUCAUGCAGAGAACUUUGGAGGUGAUGAAUAAAGUGUAUGCUGUUGCAUUUAUUGACUCCACACACCAUACUCUGCACCAGACACAAGGCAGUUCCCAGAUGCAGGCCUGGAUAUGGAAGCACUGCCGAGAGUGGGUAUCAAAUAGUAAGCCUUUAGAUAAGUCAUUAGGCUUUCUUGUGAAAGUGGAUUGCCCUACAGUCUCCACAGGAAUUGAAAAGUAUAGCUUGGCUCCUUCCUCUAGUCUACAGUCCAUUUUCAGAUAUCUUAAGAAUGCACUGAAAGUCAGCACUAAACAAUGUCUUACUCGUUCACCUAUUGCAACAAGGAGCAAAAAAAAAUGAAAAAAAGUUAAGCAUCUGGGUUAUUCACAUCCAUUUUUCCUGCUGUCCGUAAUAAAAGUUGUAUACUAGCUUUAGAUGUCUAAGGCCACUGUUGAGGCACAGUACUUUAUAUAUAUGUGGAACAUUUUCUUUACUUAUGAUGAAGAGUUACCAUUAUCAUGAUACUCUGAAAAGUUAAUUUUGAUUUACAGUUAUGUCUUUGAGUUCUGAAGCGUUAUGUGAAUAUAGCAACUGUUCUUUAUACUUACAAUAAUAAAAGACUGUUUAUGGCAAAACAUAUCCAUUCUUUGAAAAGAUGUGCUUCAUCUGAACCAUUAGCAAAAAAUAAAUCACUAUGUGUGUAUGUGUAUAUUGUAAUUAUGAAUGGAAACUUAAAUGUAUAGAAUGCAGAAAAAUGUGGUUUGAAAAGCUAGUUUAUUCAUUCAUCCUUCCCAUUGCAUCACUAUACUUUGACCCAGUAGUCUUAACAGCUUAAAUAUUUAUUUUAAAAUCAGUUCAGCAGCACAAACAAUAAGCUACUCCCACCCACCUUCCUUACUUAGAAGAGAAUUUUCCAUUUUAGCCUAUGAAAUGAGGAAUGCUUAUAUUUCUGAAGAUUAAUGUUCAGUUCAAUGCUGGGAAGUAAGUAUAGAUAGUGG